AUUUGUCACUUCCUGCAAUGUUUCCUCGUGUUACGUCAUUUAAACAGUGAAUGGUCGUCGUCUGCCCGAAUUUUAAAAAAACUGAAUAUAUUUAAUAUAAUAAUUUAAAAAUGCCAACAAUUGGAAUAAAAAAGGAUUUAUUAUUUACUGCUUUAGGCCAAACAUACACUGAAGAAGAAUUUAAUGAUUUGUGUUUUGAAUUUGGAUUGGAAUUAGAUGAAGUAACAACAGAAAAACAGAUGAUCUCAAAGGAACAAGGUGAAGAAAAAUCUUUAGAAGCAUCUGAAGAAGAAAUUUAUCGAAUUGAAAUACCAGCAAACAGAUAUGAUCUGCUAUGCUUAGAAGGUCUUGCAAGAGCUCUUUUAAUAUUUCAAGGAAAAGCUACUAUUCCACAUUAUCGAAGAGUGAAACCUUCUGGGGUUUUACAACAGUUGAUAAUCAAAUCAGAGACAACUAGAGUCAGGCCUUUUGCUGUUGCUGCAGUUUUGAGAAAUAUUACUUUCACAAAAGAAAGAUAUAAUAGUUUUAUUGAUUUGCAAGAUAAAUUACAUCAAAAUUUGUGCAGGAAACGUAGUCUUGUUGCAAUUGGAACUCAUGAUUUAGAUACAAUAGAAGGUCCAUUUAUUUAUGAUGCCAAGCCUCCUUCUGAAAUUAAAUUUGUUCCUUUAAAUCAAAAUAAAGCCUUUUCUGCAACAGAAAUAAUGGAAUUGUAUUCAACUGACAGUCAUCUAAGACAUUAUUUGCACAUUAUUAGAGAUAAACCUGUAUAUCCAGUUAUUUAUGAUCAGAAUAAUGUUGUACUUUCUAUGCCUCCAAUUAUCAAUGGAAAUACUUCAAAAAUAACCUUAAAUACUCGAAAUGUAUUCAUUGAAUGUACAGCUGUAGAUCUACAGAAAGCUAAAAUAGUUUUAGAUGUUCUUGUAUGUAUGUUUAGUCAGUACUGCGAUGAACCUUUCACGAUUGAAGAGGCUUUGGUUGUUAAUUCAGAUGGUACUGAAACUUGUUAUCCAGAAUUACACUAUAGACAAGAUUCUGUAACUAUGGAUGCAGUGAAUAGAUUUGUUGGAAUUAAUUUAAAUGAAGAUGAAAUUGCAAAAAUGCUGACUAAAAUGAGUUUGAAAUCUCAUGUAAAACGUAAGAAGAAACAAAGACCUCAAAUCUUAGUUGAAAUUCCUCCAACAAGACAUGACAUUCUACAUUCUUGUGAUAUAAUGGAAGACAUUGCUAUUGCUUAUGGGUAUAAUAACAUUAAAAUGACUAUUCCAAAAACUGCAACAAUAGCACAACAGUUUCCUCUAAACAAAUUAUCAGAUCAACUACGUGAGGAAAUGGCUCAUGCUGGAUUCACAGAAACUUUAACAUUUUCAUUGCUUUCUAAAGAAGACAUUACUGACAAAUUAAGGAAACCAAAUGAAUUAUCUGAAGCUGUUCAUAUUUCCAAUCCGAAAGCAACUGAAUUUCAGGUAGCACGAACAACUCUACUUCCUGGAUUGUUAAAGACUAUUCAUGCAAAUAAGAGAAUUCCUCUGCCUGUUAAAUUGUUUGAGAUUUCUGAUAUUGUUGUAAAAGAUAAUUCUAAAGAUGUAGGAGCUCGUAAUGAACGUCACCUAUGUGCUGUAUAUUAUAACAAAAAUCCUGGAUUUGAAGUAAUUCAUGGAAUAAUGGAUAGGAUUAUGCAAGUAUUAGAUGUAUCUCUUUGCACUGAAGAUAAAAAUAAAGGAUAUUAUAUAUCUGCUCAUAAUGACUCAUUGUAUUUUCCUGGUCGUUGUGCUCAAGUUAUCUUCAAUGGCCAAUCUAUUGGCUCUUUAGGUGUACUUCAUCCUGAAAUUGUUACCAGCUUUGAUUUAAUUCAUCCAUGUUCAGCAUUAGAAAUUAAUUUAGAAGUUUUUCUUUAAAAGAAAAUAAAAGUCAAAUGAAAGAAUUCAUACAAAUGAAUAUUCUUUCUAAAGGAUUGUAAGAA